AUCUGCCUUCCCUGCCCCGACCUCCCACUCCGCAAGCCCAAACAAAACGUAACUCCAACGUGACGAGAGCCACACCAAUCCAUCAGCGCACGCGCCCCGUCCCGCGAGGCGCUCCUCCCCUCUUCCUCCUCCCGUUCGCGUCUCCGACGCGCGACCGGCACCGCGCACGAGAGACAGAGCGAGAGAGAGCGGGCGCGAUGAGGCCGGGCGGGCCGCCGAACUCCCGGGCGCUGCAGCCGCCGCAGCAGCCGGGCACGCCGGGGCGGUCGCGCCGGCGCCCGGAUCUCACGCUACCGCUGCCGCAGCGGGACCUGACCUCGCUCGCGGUGCCGCUGCCCCUGCCGCUCCCUCCGUCCUCCGCGCCGUCGUCCACGUCGUCGUCGGGGGCGUUGUCGGGCCCGGCGUCACUCGGCGCGCCCACCCCGCCGACCUCGGCCGGCUCCGCGCCGCCGAACCCACCGCCGCUGUGCGAGCUGGAGCGCGUGCGCCGCAUCGGGAGCGGCGCCGGCGGGACGGUGUGGAUGGUGCGCCACCGCCCCACGGGCCGCGCCUACGCGCUCAAGGUGCUCUACGGCAACCACGACGACGCCGUGCGGCGGCAGAUCACGCGCGAGAUCGCCAUCCUCCGCACCGCCGAGCACCCGGCCGUGGUGCGCUGCCACGGCAUGUACGAGCAGGCCGGCGAGCUCCAGAUCCUGCUCGAGUACAUGGACGGGGGAUCCCUCGAGGGUCGCCGCAUCGCCGACGAGGGCUUCCUCGCGCACGUGGCGCGCCAGGUGCUCUCCGGCAUCGCCUACCUUCACCGGCGCCACAUCGUGCACCGCGACAUCAAGCCCUCCAACCUCCUGAUCGACUCGGGGCGGCGCGUCAAGAUCGCCGACUUCGGCGUGGGCCGCAUCCUCAACCAGACCAUGGACCCCUGCAACUCCUCCGUCGGCACCAUCGCCUACAUGAGCCCCGAGCGCAUCAACACCGACCUCAACGACGGCGCCUACGAUGGCUACGCCGGCGACAUCUGGAGCUUCGGCCUCAGCAUCCUCGAGUUCUACAUGGGCCGCUUCCCCCUCGGCGAGAACCUCGGCAAGCAGGGCGACUGGGCCGCGCUCAUGUGCGCCAUCUGCUACUCCGACUCUCCGCAGGCGCCGCGCACCGCCUCGCCGGACUUCAAGAACUUCAUCAGUCUCUGCCUCCAGAAGAACCCGGCGAACCGGCCGUCCGCGAUGCGCCUGCUGCAGCACCCGUUCGUGGCCCAGCCGCAGCCGCAGCCGCAGCCCCUCGCCGCCCCGCCGCCGUCAUGAUGACCCGCCACCAAAUCCACAAUUCCGACCGAUUGAUUGGUUCCCGUCCUGAUCCGACCGGGUGGAUUGAUCAUGGAUGGAAAGGUUGGUUGCCUGAUUGGUUGGCAGGCAAUGAGAUGUGGGAUCUAGGGACGUUCUCCCUAGCCAUUUUGGGAAUUCACAAGCCACCGCCACAGCAACCGUCACACCGCAUCCAUUGUUGUUGCUGUUGCUCCAGGAAUUAAAUUCGCGUCUUAGCACUUUUUUUUUUCUAUUCCUCUCCCCUCUCUCUCUCAUCUCCAAUGUUGUUCAUGUUCUUCCAAAUGAUAAUCAUAUAAUAUGGGUUGUUAAGAAAGCAAUCGCGUUCCAUUUC